AUGUUCCUCUGUCAUCGUGGCUCCAAACGCUCGUCCCCAGGUCCUCAGGAAGAGACAAAUGACCCCUAUCACUUGUCUUCCCCCUGCGAAUCUAUAUCUCCGUCCGAUAGUUCCAACGGAAAUGAAUGGCGACUUCCAUCAAUUCUGACCGCAGGCAGUUUAGAUGAGUUGCCGAAUGCGCUCCCCGGCGUGCCGGUGAUGCCUCCCGUCUUGGAAGCGCAACUAGCCGCAGCAACAGCCGCAGAGGCUGUUUCAGCAGAGCAGGCUAGCAAGAAGUCAGUCCCUGGGUCCUUCACGGAUGCGGAUGCCCUCUGUCUACCCGAGUCUCUGAAGAAGAGACGCUCUAAGCGUAGACCCAUGCUAAGCAGCGUUAGCAUGCACAGUCUCCUCAAUCCUGUGUUAGAUUUCACUCGUGUGGACCAAAGUAGGACCAACCCCUCGAUGGAGGAGGUGUCUUUUAGCGAUCCGUUGGGUUUUGUGAAUCGGAAGGCCAAUUACUAUGGUAUUUCAACUGAUGGCAGUCUUUCACUUCCUCUUGCCUCUUCUGGCACUCGUAAAAAAUACCAGUACUCUGGUAUGAGUCUUCUCUCCCUGGGUCAACGCUCAACAAGCACUUCCCGAUCGACCCUGAAAAAGCUCCUAUCUUUGGAUGUAGAUAGCUUCUCUUACCUCAUGGACUUCGAAGAACGCUACACGGACCCCUGGGUAGGAUCCAUUUCGUAA